UUCGCGUUUGUUCGAAGUAUGUUGCGACCCCUAUUUGCAUCGUGUACCCUCAUUCUUCCAAUGUAAAAAUUGAAAUAUUUAUUUAGUAUUCACAUGUCUCUCUCUUCGAAAGCGUGGAUUUUUUAUUUUGUUUAUAAAGAAUAAAUUUAUAAGUUUAUAUAUUAUCAGAGACUUCUGUUUCUUUAAGAAAUAUAAGAUUUACAAAACCACUACUGGGACAAAUUGCCGGACUAUGUUUUUAUCGUUAAAAUAACUAUAAAAUUGUUCCCUAAAUUCAUCCUAAAGAUGAAAAUUCAUUCAAGUUGAAAUUUAUGCUGUCAGUCGCAAGUUUGGAUAAGAUGCGUAUAUUGUAAAGCAAAUUGCAUUAUGAAUUACUGGUUCAAAGGGAAGGGACGAUUAUUAAAUUAUUGAUUGGAAAGGAGAUGAAUAGAGGCAUCUAAUGUUAUAAGAAGCACAGCAGUUCCUAAUUGUUUUCUUAAAGUGGAUGAUGUAUCAAAGAGUGUUCUGCAACUAAUCAAGGAAAUAUGCUGGAAUAAACACACUUGUAGAUGAAAAUGUUACUCUCUGCUCUUUCAUUGAAUUCAAUAAAACUUCAAAAGCUACCCAAUUAUAUGAGGUAGAAUGGAAGUAAUAUGGCUCUUUCUACACCCGCUGUUGAUUUGUCUACUCAAGAAAAAAGCGGGAUAAAAAUCAAACAAGAAAAAGAAGAUGACGAAAGUAUUAAAGAACAGAGCUCUACAGAAAUCAACAAAUUUAUUGUCAGUGAUCCUCAGCUAUCUGGAUUGCAAUCUCGAAAUAUUACUAUUACAGUUGCAACUUCACAGGCUGAAAAGGUAGCUACUGCUACAAAACCAACAGUUCAAAUAACUCGUAAGCCAUCACCACCUGAGAAGCCAAAUCCAUCCAAACCGGAUCCUCCACCAAUUGAUUACUCUAGUAUAUGUGGAGCGUUUGGAUGGACGACCAUUGGCCCUGUACAUUUACCAAUAAUUAUGCGUGGUGAAGAAAAAUUUAUAGCUGUGAGAAUGUUUGAGAGCAAAAUAGUUUUUGGAUAUUUUCCAGAUAUUUUUCCUGCUGCAGUUUUUAGCUGUACAAAUAUCAAUAGUUACUAUAUAACAGUAAAUGAAGCAAAGCUGCUCAAUGAAAUAAAUAGUGUUCAUUGUGAUUAUCAGUUUGGCUAUAAUGAUUUUUCAACAAAAGACUAUGUGGUUCGCCUUAAAGAUGCUUUUGAACUUUUUGAGUUCUUGGAAUUUUGUCGUACAAAGUUGUAUGCCCAAGGCUCCAACUCCACAAUAAGUGAUAAAUGUGGAUUUUUCUUAAAUUAUAAAAUUCCUUUUGUUAAAAAGGGUACAAAAAAGUAUGUUUCUUUAAAUACAAUAUAUUGUGAUGGAGCUACACCUACUGUAAGUAGUAGUGAAAGCAUCACAAAUUGGGACCUUGCCUACUUCAGAUUUUUGAGCUGUUUUGCAGCAGUUGAUCUGAAAAAAGUUGAAAUCAAUAUGCCUUUAUGUAAUGUUGAAGAUCUUGAAAUUGCAUUAGGUGGUGUCCAUUUUAAAGAGGUGUCCAAUUGGCCAGAUAUCCAGUUUUCUUCUAAAGAGGAAUGGGAAAGUUUUCUACAUCCUAGAACUUUACAAUGGGUACCUGAACCAGUUAAACAAUCUUCCACCGAUUCUGUUGAGGAUUCGAAAAAGCUCAGGAAAAAAUUUAAUGAAUUUCAGGAUAAGGAAAGUAUGCUGAACUCCUUUAUGGGGUUGAAUAAGUUUCUGGAUAUCAAUAAUUCUCUUUCUAGAGCUGCUCAUGUAAGAAAUGAAUCUGCAAAUGGACUGAACUUGCUUCAAGGCAGUGAUAAAACUGGUUUAUUCCCUGUAUCAUUAGAGAACUUCUUAGCCACAUCGUCAUCAUGUAAUUAUCCAUAUCCUGUAAAUUAUAAUCAUUAUAAUAGUCAUAUUCAAACUCCUUCAGUUUUAGAAUAUGAAAGAUACAGAAAAUCUGAUGGGAGUUUGUCUUCAUUCACAUCACGGAAAUCAAGAACAUUUCCUCCUCCUCCACCUCUUGUAAGAUUAGGGAGCCCACGAGUGUCUUCUGUUCCUGCAGAUCAAGAUGUGGUGCCAAAAACUGCUUCUUCGUUAUUUCCAUAUGUACCCACACCUUCAAAUGCAUCUGUUCCUCCUUGGUUAGCAAGAAUAUUAGAACCAGAUUGGUUACAUGAUGAAGAAAGUAGAACAACUGUUCAAUCAUCUGAGGGUCCCGAAAACUUAUCAAGAAGAUUAAGUGAAAAUGAUGCAUGGUGCCCUACCACACUAUCAUCCAACAUAGCUAUUAAUGGGGCUGGUUCCUCUAAUAUUGUACGAAGCAAUAGCAAUUCUCUUGGAGUUAUAAGAGAAAACUAUGAUCUAAGCCAUGGAUCUAUGUGCCGAGAUGAAAGAUUACUGCACCCCCAUGGUGGAAGCCCAAGGCUACUGGCCGGCCCUGGACCUCCACCUCAUUAUCCAACUCCACCACAGUCGUCCCCACUUCAGCCGUUGUCCCUGCUGGAUUGUGCUACUAUACCAGGUUUCUCAGAUAUGUAUGGAACAAGACUAACUCCAAAUGGACUAGUGGACCUUUGUAGUCCUCCUCCAUCUCCUGAAAUGAGAACAGCAUUGUCAAGUAGUCCAAGAAGCUCACACUUGUCCACUUAUGCUUACCAGCCUCAUAUAACCCGCCUUGUACAAGUAGACUCACGAUAUGUGCUGGCGAUCAAUGUUGAACCGUUGAAGUACAACUCCCAUCUAGCGGUUCCUAUAUCAGAUGUGGUUAAUAAGUUCCUUAGAGGCACUUCUGUACAGUCCUGCCAAAUAAUGCUAGAAACUGUAUUUAGACUCCAUCUGUAUGAAUGUACCAGUUUACAGCAAGAAGCAUUUGCCAAGCAUAAUUUUUCCAUUUUACCCGGUAGCAAGUUAGUGUUACUAACAGACUUAAGGAACUGCUUAUAUCAACUGAAAUUUCUGCUGCUUGAAAGAGAGAAGCAGACUGAAAAGCAGUGUGACAUUGGAGCAUCAGAACUGCCUGCAAAGCGAUGGUGUAAUAAUGCUCGUGAAUGCUGAACAUUUCACCAUUCCUCUCUAGCCACUGGCAAUAUUUUUUAAGAAAUAAUUUUAACGUUUCGUUUUUACAUCAGCUAGAAACCAAAAGUUUUGAAUGAAUCUCAUUUUUCAUUUAGUUCUUUUCUCCCUCAUUUGUAGUAGACUGUGAAGGCAUGUUUACUUUGCAGCCAGUGGCAGAUGUGUGUGUAAAUCCCAUCUCAUAUUUUAGAACCACCAUUGUGUGCAAAUUUUAAUCUAUUUUUUCAUCUUAUCUAUUAUGUUAAAACUGCAUUUACUGUAUAUAGAUGUGUUAGUGUUGUUAAUGCAGAAAACGGAAGUAAAUUAAAUAUGUUGUGAUUAUGA